UCUUGGUGCGCUUCCUGGUUCUGGCUGCUUUGCCUCCGGCGUCAGACCUGCGUUCCCUGCGCUGUAAGCUGUAGGCAGCGUGAAUCUCCGCCGAAGCUGCAACUAUGGGGAUCUUGGAGAAAAUCUCGGAGAUCGAGAAGGAGAUCGCUCGGACGCAGAAGAACAAGGCCACUGAGUACCACCUGGGCCUGCUGAAAGCAAAGCUGGCCAAGUAUCGGGCCCAGCUCCUGGAACCAUCCAAAUCAGCCUCGUCUAAAGGAGAGGGUUUUGAUGUCAUGAAGUCAGGUGAUGCUCGUGUGGCACUGAUUGGCUUUCCCUCUGUGGGUAAGUCCACUUUCUUGAGUCUGAUGACCUCUACAGCCAGCGAAGCUGCAUCCUAUGAGUUCACCACCCUGACGUGCAUCCCCGGGGUCAUUGAAUACAAAGGUGCCAACAUCCAGCUCUUGGACCUUCCUGGAAUCAUUGAAGGAGCAGCGCAAGGGCGAGGUCGUGGCCGGCAGGUGAUUGCUGUAGCACGGACAGCUGAUGUUGUCGUCAUGAUGCUGGAUGCCACCAAGGGAGAUGUGCAGAGGUCCCUGCUGGAGAAGGAGCUGGAGUCUGUGGGGAUUCGCCUGAAUAAGCACAAGCCUAACAUCUACUUCAAGCCCAAGAAAGGCGGUGGUAUCUCUUUUAACUCAACGGUCACACUGACACAGUGCUCGGAGAAGCUGGUGCAGCUCAUCCUGCAUGAGUACAAAAUCUUCAACGCCGAAGUCCUCUUCCGAGAAGACUGCUCUCCAGAUGAGCUCAUUGAUGUGAUUGUGGGCAACCGUGUAUAUAUGCCCUGCCUGUAUGUAUAUAACAAAAUCGACCAGAUCUCCAUGGAAGAAGUAGAUCGGUUAGCCCGAAUGCCGAACAGUGUAGUUAUCAGCUGCGGCAUGAAGCUGAACCUGGACUACCUGCUGGAGAUGCUUUGGGAGUACCUGGCCCUCACCUGCAUCUACACCAAGAAGAGAGGGCAGAGACCAGACUUCACAGAUGCCAUCAUUCUCCGGAAAGGGGCCUCUGUUGAACACGUGUGCCACCGCAUCCAUCGGUCACUGGCCAGCCAGUUCAAGUAUGCCUUGGUGUGGGUGAGUCUGGCAUGAGGGUACCAGCACCAAGUAUAGCCCACAGCGGGUCGGCCUGACUCACACCAUGGAGCAUGAGGAUGUCAUCCAGAUUGUGAAAAAGUAGUCACACCAUCUGCCUGCAGCUUGGCUCCUGGGGACUUGGACCCCCUGGGGCACCCAAACAGGAAAAGUACAAACAUACACCCCAGGAAGGGUGUAAGUUGGCUGUUUCUGUUUCAUGAACUUCUUCAGAUAAGCAGUAUUGGGGACAGGACAGGCAAGGCUGGGGACCAGGGCUUUGCUGAGGACAUUUCUCAUAAGCCUGUUCCUGUGGUAGGCUUCUUUGGAAACCUACAGCCUGUGUGCUUGUCCUGUGUCCCAUCUGGGCACUCAAGGAGCUAGUUACCCACAUCCUCCCAGCCAGAUCUCAAGCUGACCCAGGCUCAGGUAGGCCUGUCUGGGUCCCUGAGGCUGAGACUCCUGGCAACAACUCUAGCACCUAGCGGGCUCCGGAUGAAGCCUCCCAAUACAGGGCUCUCCCUCGUGGAAGCCAGGGCCCAGCCAAAGUGUCCUAAAGUGCCUCCCUUUUGGAGCCCCUCCCAGAGCAGUCCCUGCCUGCCUGGGUGGGACAUCUGAGUCUGAAUCUGUUUCCUUCUAAGCUCCUAUCUCCGCCCUACUUUCUGAAAUAAAAAAUGGGAAGUGAUUCCUGCCCAUACCAGA